CUGCUUCAGAUUCGUCACAAGAGAGCCAGACUCAGAGUGUUGAAGUCGUAGACCUCAAUAACAGAAACGGCACGUUCUUGGAAAUAGACGAAGAUUUAUACCAAUACUCGAAGCUGUACUUGGAGCACGAAAGCCACAACCUCAACGGCAUGGGUACGAAGACCGGAACCUCCGAUACCACUCACAGAAUAUCUCCAACGGGUACCACUACCACAUCGACUGCACUCGUGCC